CAGCAGUGAAAGUGGCAGAGAAAAGUUGACAUAUUGGCGCUUUGCUUUUCACUUUUAUUUAUUUGGGUGUUUUCUCGGUGAAAAAGUCCCAAACACUGGUGAAUUUUGUGCGAAUUGCACAUCUGAGCAUUCUGCAAGGCGGUACAGUGCACAAGCGUGAGUAAAUAGGCCGAGAUCGGAGCUCUCCGGAGGGGGUGACGCUACACACAAAGCCAGGGUGGAGAACCCGCAAAAUCUGGUGUACUUGUGUGGAAAAGCGGCCGAGGCAGUAUCCUGGGACUCCAGUGAGACACUGUAUGAUAGACAUAACCUCAAACUCUCUCCGUCAAUCUUGGGCGACCUCGGAGUGGUGAGACGCGGGAGAGAGCGCCCCCGGAAGUCAUCUCCGUGCGUGAGUUGAUGCGAAGCGGGGCAACAUGUCGAUCGAGACGAUUAAGUGGAACCAGGUGGUGGAAACCAAAGGACCCCAGCCGAGGCCGCGCCAUGGCCAUCGGGCGGUUACAAUAAAGGACCUUAUAAUAGUGUUUGGGGGCGGCAAUGAAGGUAUAGUGGAGGAGCUCCAUGUGUACAAUACCUCCACAAAUGGAUGGUAUGUGCCGUGUAUGCAGGGCACGGUGCCGCCGGGAUGCGCAGCGUUCGGAAUUGUAGCUCUGGGCACGAGAAUACUCAUCCACGGCGGUAUGAUUGAAUACGGCCAGUACUCAGAUGAGAUGUACGAGCUGCAGGCCACCAAGUGGGAGUGGAAGAAGCUCAGCGUGAAGCCGCCCACUAAUGGGCCGGCGCCCUGCCCUCGCCUGGGGCACAGCUUCACACUCGUCGGCGAGAAGAUAUUCAUGUUUGGCGGCUUGGAGAAUGAGAGCAACGAUCCGAAGAACAACAUUGCAAAGUAUCUUAAUGACUUCUACACUCUGGACCUUCGCAAUGAGCAGCUCCAGUGGGUGAUGCCCACAACCUUUGGCGGAGGCCCGUCGGCUCGCGAGAGCCACAGCGCUGUCACGUACACGGACGCCAAGACACAGAAGACCAGCCUGAUCAUCUACGGCGGCAUGGACGGACGUCGUCUGGGAGAUCUCUGGAUGCUGGACACUGAGUCGAUGCAGUGGACAUCGCCACAGAUGUACGGACCUGUGCCCGAGCCACGCUCUCUGCACACCGCCUCCAUCAUCGGAUGCAGAAUGUUCAUCUUCGGUGGAUGGGUGCCGCUCAGCUACCCCAUGGCCACUGGUGAGAUCGAGUGGAAGUGCACAAACACGCUGGCGUGUCUCAAUCUCGAGACGAUGGUGUGGCAGGACUUCUCGGGCAUCAUGAACAAUGUCCUGGAGAAUGUGCCUCGCGCCCGAGCCGGACACUGUGCUGUGUCUAUCCACUCGCGCCUCUACAUUUGGUCAGGACGCGAUGGGUACCGCAAGGCGUGGAACAACCAGGUGUGCUGCAAGGAUUUGUGGUACUUGGAAGUGGAGGCGCCGCCGCAGGUGCCCAAGCUGCUUGUUCGCAGCGUCGGACAGGAGAAGAUGGAGGCCACUUGGUCGGCUGUGCCCACAGCAAAAUGGUACGUGCUGGAGAUUGAGCGAGUCCCCGAUGCGCCACCGCCGCCCAAAGUGGAGCCUCCGAAAAUGGUGCCAGCGAAGGUGCCUGAGAUUGCGGCGCCGCCAAUUGUUGCGCCCAUUGUGACGCGCACUCCCGUGAAAGUGGCUACGGUGCCGACGGUGGUGAGUCAGGGUGAGGUGGUGUCUGCGCCAAAGAUCGUCACGCCCAGCCCCAAGAUCCAGAUCGUGCAGAAUAGCGCCACAAGCAGCGGUGCCACGAGUGUGGUGCAGCCGCAGAUGGGAACUCUGGUGCAGACGAGUCAGGGCAUUAAGAUUAUCAGGACGGGAGGACCGGCCGCGAGCGUAAUGGCCGGUGGGAAGGGCAUAAUAUCCACAGUGGCUACGCAGGGUGGCACUACUGUCUUCCCUGGGAAGGUGUUCAAGAUUGCGACUGCCACACAAUCCAUGGGAACGGCGGGCACCACAACAGCGGGUCGCAACGUCAUUUUGUCAGGACAGCGUCCGAUCAUUAUCAAGAUGGGAAACAACACUGCGGCCACGGCUAUCAGGCAGCCACAGAUAAUUCCAGCUUCCAGUGGUGCUGGGACGAAGACGUUCACGAUUCAGCUGCCGCAGAGUGUGGCUGGUGGCGGUACAACUAUUGGCACGGGACAGCAGAAGAUCAUAAUGAUUCCGGCUCAGGCAAAGACCACAGCGACCUCGGGCAUUGUCACUACUAUUGGUGGGCAGAUUGUGAACAAGGUGGUGACGGAGGCGGCCGCGAGCAAUCAGGAGGUGAAGUCCGAGCCAAUGGAUCAGCUGGACGGGGCGUCGGACUGGAUGGAGUUGAUUGAGCGGAGUCAACGCCGAGAUCAGGGGGACAGUGGUGCAAAUAGGGCGCGGAAGACGCACAAGAGGUGUCCGAAAUACGUGCGCGUUGGCCUGUUUGGCGGCGGAACGUCCCCAGGUGGACCGAGUGCUGAUGACGCGGACACACAGCCGGACAAUGUCACGGAUGCGACCAGAGUGAAGAACUCAUUGGAUGCUCUCGCCUCUGUUGCCGUGGAGGCUUCCAGCACCAAAUCGGACAGCAAAUGGUGUACCGUGGGCUUCUACACGGAACUGCAGGCGAUCCUCACCAACUACGUGGACUUUGGUGAGUGGAACUCAAGUAUGCUGGACAAGGUGACGGAUGACAAUGUGCCGGAUCUCUCCACGAAGACCAGAGUGCCCCUCGAGUCGGGCGUAUCGUACCGCUUUCGCGUGGCGGGGAUUAAUGGGUGCGGCCGCGGGGAGUGGAGCAAGCCCGUGACUGUGACACUGGGGCUGCCGGGUCCGCCCACAAAUAUUCGCGUGAUGAAGACGGGCUCUGGCGCGUGCCUGGCGUGGGAGGUGCCGCCGGCCACAGAAUCGGACAUUCUCGACUAUUCCGUGUACUUGGGUGUGCAGCCAAAAGGGCCCCCGAAGCCCGCAACUGUGGCCAAUAUUCCCUUCGUGAAAGUCUACUGCGGACGCGAGAAGACGUGCCUCGUGUCUAAUCGCAGUCUCGCCACCGCCUUCAUCGAUCGCACCAGCAAGCCCUCAAUUCUCUUCCGGAUAAAUGCGCGCAACAACAACGGUUCAAGCAGGCCCACGCAGAUUCGAUGGAUCCAGGAGGAUUUGGCCAAGCUCACUGGCACCGGAGCGUCGUCUGCAGCGCCCCAGGAUGGGGGACCGGCCAGUAAACAGCGCCGAACUCUUUAG